AUGUCACCUGGAGCUAGAUCGGAUGUGGGUUCCAUUGAUUCUAAUCCCGGAUCCGAAUACGCUAAUGUGCCUUCUGUGAGACAUUUGAACGGCCACGCAGAAACCUCAUUUGUUGGAUCUGGGAAUGCUCGUCGGGUUGUGCAAUACCAUUUCACCAACUGGAACGAUUACAAGGCUCCAGAAUGUUCCACGGGCUUGUUGCGUUUCCUACACCGCCUCCGUGCAUUGCCAGAGUUUGAAGACUACCCAGUCGUGAUCCAUUGCAGGUCAAUUUUACUCAUAUUUUACCAGUUCUUCUGUCACGAAUAUCUUCAGUUUGUGGGGCAAAGUUGUUGUUUUAGCGCUGGUGUCGGGCGAACAGGAACGUUCAUUGCCAUCGAUAGCAUGCUAGAUCAAUGCGCCGCAGAAGGCAAGGUCGACAUUUUUGAUUGUGUGUCCGAACUGCGGAAACAGCGCAACCUUAUGGUUCAGUCGCAGGAACAGUAUGUGUUCAUUUAUAAAGCGUUGGCAGAAUGGCAUCUAUUCGGUCAUACGGACAUGGACGUCGAACAGCUUUUAGAGCAUUAUCAGACGUUGAUUGAUCCAGGCAUGAGGGAUCGGGCUCCGUCAUUCAGUGGCAUUACUAAGCUAGUUGUGCGAUCCGAUGCUGCACCUGCUACUGGUAUGGAAGCGGAGUUCAGGAAAUUGGAGCGUAGCUUGGAAACUCCAGCCAAGUGCUCAUUUGCCGCCAAAGAAGAUAACAUAAUGAAAAACCGCUUUGACUCGGCCGUACCAUAUGAUCGAAAUCGGAUAGUGUUACGUGCUUCGAUAGGAUAUGCGGACACUACGUACAUAAAUGCUAGCUCGCUCAAGGGCUAUUUCUAUCCAUACGUUCUGGCUCAAGAUCCUGUGAGCGAGAAUACUGUAUUUGAUUUCUGGCGAAUGAUCUCGGAAUUAAAUGUAACGACAUUGGUUAUGCUGUCAAACGAGGAAGAUUGGAGCCCUUCUGAAAAGUACUGGCCCAGUGAACUGCACGGUACAGUUGUCUACGAGAGGUCGCCAUACAAUGUAAGCGUUCAACUGACUGGCGAGGAACAUUUCCCGUACUUUAUUGCACGAAAGCUUAGUUAUCGUAUGAAGGAGGAUACGGGUACUCGUAAUGUCGUGCAAUUUGCCUUCACUGCUUGGCCGUCAUCAAAUGUUGUGCCAACUUCCUCAGAGCCUCUUCUUUCACUUGUUGGCCGAGUUUUGGAACGACAAAGUGGAUUGCCUGAUUCAGGUCCUAUUGUGUUGCACUGCAGGAAUGGAUCUUCUGAGACGGGUGUUUAUUGCUGCAUUUCACUGCUACUGGAGCGAUUGAAAGCUGAGCAACGAAUAGACGUUUUCCAAACGGUGAAAGGUCUCCAAAAUCAACGGCCGCUUGUUUUCUCUAGAUUGGAGCACUACGCGUUCUGCUAUCAGGCUGUAAUCGAUUACAUCAGGUCUUCUCGAUAG